UCGUACGGCGCAGACGUGUCCCGCCCCGACUCUUGUGACGUCCGAUAUCGCCGCGACCGCGCGCCGUCCGCUCCCUCCUCUCGAUAGAGCCGCAUCGCAAGUUUCACUUAAACUCGGUCUAAUUUAUCUGUCCAUAUGGUUCAUCUGGUAGAUAUUUUGCGUUCAGCGAACGUCGAAUACCCGCCGCCUGUUAUUAUGAACCGAGCAAUACAGGUGAAACCAGCGGAUAGCGAGAACAGAGGAGAUCGAAAGCUGUUCGUGGGUAUGCUCAGCAAACAGCAAACGGAGGAGGAUGUUCGCCAGUUGUUCACACCAUUCGGCACAAUAGAAGAGUGUUCCAUACUCAGGGGGCCAGACGGGGCGAGUAAAGGCUGUGCAUUCGUCAAGUUCAGUUCACACCAAGAGGCGCAAGCGGCGAUCACCAGCCUGCACGGGAGUCAAACUAUGCCGACCAUGCAUGGAGCUCGCGUAAGAAUACCCCACCACGGUGCAUCACUGCGGGGCGCGUCUUCGAGCUUAGUGGUGAAGUUUGCGGACACGGAGAAGGAGCGACAGUUGCGACGAAUGCAACAGAUGGCAGGCAACAUGAGUCUGCUCAACCCCUUCGUGUUCAACCAAUUCGGCGCGUACGGAACCUACGCGCAGGUCAUCACAGAGCAGCAACAAGCAGCGCUGAUGGUGGCGGCGACAGCGCAGGGGUACAUCAGUCCUAUGACUGCGCUCGCGUCGCACGCGCUCAAUGGAAUGGCCAACUCUGUCGUACCUCCUGCCUCUGAAAACUUCUCCGGCCUGGCGAUAGGCACGGGUGGCGCGCAGCCGCUGAACGGCGCGCUGCCAUCGUUGCCGUCGCCGACCAUGCCCGGAUUCAACAUGGCCGCGCAGACCGCCAACGGCCAGCCGCCGCCACAGGACGCCGUAUACACCAACGGCAUCCACCAGACCUUUACUGGGCCGGUGCCAGUGACAGCGCAGGGUCUACCGAACGGCGAGGCAGCUCUGCAACACGCAGCGUACCCCGGCAUGCAGCCGUUCCCAGGAGUCGCUUAUCCAGCGGUUUACGGGCAGUUUCCGCAGCCGAUCCCACCGCCGAUGUCAACCAUUGCUCCAGCACAGAGAGAAGAUUUUUUAAUGUUCCCAGGCUGUUCUAUCUCUGGCCCCGAGGGCUGCAACCUCUUCAUCUACCACCUGCCCCAGGAGUUUGGAGACGCUGAACUGAUGCAGAUGUUUCUCCCCUUCGGCAAUGUCAUCAGCAGCAAAGUUUUCAUCGACCGGGCCACCAACCAGAGCAAAUGUUUCGGUUUCGUAUCGUUCGACAACCCGACGUCGGCGCAGGCGGCGAUCCAAGCGAUGAACGGCUUCCAGAUCGGCAUGAAGCGCUUGAAGGUCCAGCUGAAACGGCCCAAGGACGCCAAUCGGCCUUACUAACCCCCGACGCCGUCCUUGCGCGCUCACAGCGUGACCCUCGCGGCCGGUUGCCGCAUAUACGUCACGCCUACGACGCGCACGUACGCGUAUUAUCAACAAUUCUUUCAAGGAAUUUAAAUACACAUUUAUUGUAUAGUAAAUAUCAUUACCUACAUACUAACCUAAAGAAUUAUGCAAGCCCACUCGGCGAGUAUACUAAAUUAGUUAAAAGUAAUUUAUUGAAUCAGCGCGUAGGAAUGCUUCAUUCUUAUCAUUAUCGAUUAAUCAUUAAAUUACUCUAUUAUAUUAUUAUAUAUACAAUUUAUUAACUUUGAUUAAAUUAUUAUUAUUAUUAUAAAAUGACGUUAUAAAAAUUUUGUCAUUCGUAAUCAUACUUCUACUUCUAAGUACUUAAUGUUUAACUGAAACUUUUAACAUAAAUUUAUUAUACUAGUUAUUUGCUUGAACUAAGCCAAACUGAAUUUAUUAAGUAAGUUGAAAAUGUAAGAAAAAAAUGUAUUUUAAUUAUUGUAUAUUGCAAGAAUUGUACCAGGGGGAAGGGGCGCGCGCCUUCGAUGCUCUGUUGUUCAUAGUACUGUAGUUGUGACGUCACCACCGCAUCAACACAUGUACCAACCUUACAUCACGUAUGCAACAUAUUCAAAUAUUCUUAAAAAUAAAAACUACCCCCAUUUUUCGCAAGUAAUUCUGAUAAAAAUGGGUAUUUCAUUUCAAUAUUUAAUAAAACAAAAUUGCGUAAAUACGAGACGUGAAAAUUAAUUGUACAAAAUAAGGUAGGUGGUACAUAAUUUGAUGGUGGUCACACCACCAAUUCCGUUGUAAGUUUGUUUCGUUGACGUAGGUAUAAUCCUGAAGGCGCCCGCGCAGCCCCCGAUCGCUCGCACUGUUGCCUCCCUCGCCAACUGUUCACACUAAUAUAAGUGUUCGUUAGAGAUCACUAUUGGAAUAUAUAUGUCCUAUAUUUUGUUAAAUUUUAUUAUGUGUGUGUCAGAUAAGCUAUUAAAUGGGUGUACCGGGUUCUAUCCUUUGAUUUAAGGACGCCAUUGACAAUCGAUUCUCAGUAUCGCAUCAACUUUUUAAACUUGAAUAAAAAAAGAUCUCCAUGCCACAAAUAUUGUUAAUAUUUUAGCGCAGUACGAUAGCGUUAAAUGUUGUUACGUGUAGUUUGAAGAGCUGUAUAAACGCACUUAAUUAAUCAAGUAAAUGAGUUGUUUAACUGUACAAAGGUUUCCCUUGUUUAUACUGAGAGUUGAUUCAAAGCGUUCCUAAUAAAUACUUUAAUAGAAACUUACAAGUUUCUAACUUAAUAUAUAACGUUGUAUAUUGGCCAAUAUGAACAGACAAUACAAGUAAGUCGAUUCUAAAGGUACACCCCGCCCCACAAACCUACAUGUUAGUAAAAUUUAAUGGCGAUGUUGUUAACAAAAUUAAAUGUUUGUAUUUAACACUGUGUACAAAUUAAAGUGCACUUCAACUUGAGACCGAGUACUUAGGCCUUCGUUUCGAAGAUCGUGUUAUUAUGUGUUGUAAAUUCCAAAUGGGCUGUGAUAUAAAAGAGUUAUAGUGUCAGAUGUACAGGCCUUCUGUAUUGCAUAUUUAUGUGUAUCGCUCUCUGUUAGGCUGGUCGCAUACUGGCCGCGCGCAGUAACAACUCAGACAGCAAUUUAGCACAUCAACAAAACACCUCCGAACCAAAUAGUCAAGUCAACAAUUACCGACAGAUUUCAUAAAAAUAUGAUAUGAAAUCCUCACUUUUAGCUUUAGGCGGUUAUUAGAAACACUCAAUAAUAAACCCACGACAAGAACGAUUAUCCUGCGUCAACUUCAGUCACUAAAACUUUCCCCGAAUUCACUUUGUUUUCAUAAAUUUUCAAAUCAAAGUCGCUAUUUAUUUUUCUACAUAGUCGUGGAAAAUUCGGCGAAACGAAUUGAAUUCUGGGAUAGUAACGGGCGUUGUUACUGCGUUUUUGGAUUUACAAAUGUCAUUUAAAAUCCGAAUAUUUUGUCGGUUUCGUGAACGGCAAAGAGUUGAAAAACUCAUGAUCCGUUAACAAGUAAAUUAUAUUAAAAUCUUGUGAGAAUAUAGCGGUGUAGUAUGCGAAUGGCCUAAACCUCGCAUUGUUCGCGACGUCAAUUCAAGGAGCGUGCUUCCCUACUUUCUUUCGUGCAUUCGUGUGUGUGUCUAUACAUAUACAUAUUAUAAUACUAUUGUUAAGGUGUUAAAUACAAUAACUGUGACAUAGCGUCCAGGGAGCCAACAGUGUUAACGAGCAACAGAUAAACUAGUGUAAUUUCUACAGAAGAAAAUAGAUUCAUAAUCAAAAAGGUACCAAUAUAAAUAUAAAAUGAUACUGAGAUACCUUAGAUAUAUUGUGUGCACGCGGGCGGGCUUCGCAGCCUUAGCGCCGAUGCUUUAGGUACACCAGUCGACUACCUAUAUGGGACAGACCCUGAAGCUGCAUAAGUAGGCGACAACAUAGAACCACAUUAAAUAUAACAUAAGGUUUACUGUGAUAGAAACUAUGCUAUCUAUCGCAAAUUGUAUCGCCGCUCUCCGAGAGAUGUCGCUUUCACCUUAUAGAAUAUCGACGCUACCCGCAAAAACGGAAGCAAAAAAGUUAUUCUGAAUAUUGAAGUCGAGAUGACCAGACGUGCCGUCGCCUGCUUCACGUAAUGCGAAAGGUUGAUAGUGGUUGUAGAGUGGUACUUGUCCCGUAUGGUUGAGCCGAGGUGCCGCAGCCCGCGUGCGGCCGCGGACCGCGGAUCGCGCCACGGCCGGCCGCCGCCCGCCACUAGUCAAAUAUUUCACUCACCACAAGACAUAGAAUUUUAUAUUUACACAAAUAAUUAUAUUAUAUUGAUAUAGUAUUCUAGUUUUAGGCGUUUAUGAUUUAUAAACAUUAAGCCGUGUGUAAAUGGUAUACAUGAAUUACCUGUUAAGUCUAUAGUUCUUUUCUCUAACUCACUCAUGUGCAAUACGUUGUUACGCUUUUUAACUUGUUUAGCGUUUUGUUUUUCAUGCAUUUUUAAUUUAUUAUUGAUAUUUUUACGUUACCGUUUUUAUAUUAUUCGUCGACGUGGUCUCGUUUCGUAUUACGACUGUAGGGCCGGCCUCAACAAAUGCACUAGUGAAAUACUAAAGUCGAAAUGUACAUUUUAGAUAAACAAAUAAAAAUUAUAUAGCCGCGGGCCGACUCUGGAGGCAGUCCGGAGGCACAGGGUCGGGCGCGCAGCGGGGUGACUCGCGUUAUGAACGUUAGGGUUUGUCUUAGCGCACAAGGCCGGGCUCGAGUCGCGUGUGAGUGCAGUGCUUAGCAGGCGAGCGCGGAGCGGCGCGGCGUGUGCGGCGGCUGCGGUCGCUUCGGUCACUCCGGUGGCUUCGGUCGCUCCGGUGGCUUCGGUCGCUCCGGUGGCUUCGGUCGCUCCGGCCACCCCGGCAGCCGCCGCGCACGGGCCGCUUGCUUCUUAGGUUACAGACAAAUCGUUGCCAAACCGGAACACGUAUACUUAGUAUAUCGACUAUCGAUAAUAUCACCUCGUGGGUAAUGUAGGAGUAAUACGCCCGCACGACGUCGCCGACAGGCCGCAUGUCUCGGGUAAAUUAAUAAUAUUGUGUACUUAUAUCUUUAUACUGAUUAAAAUUAAAAAUUCACUAAAGAUAUAUUGCGGUGACGCAAACGUUUGUAAUAGAUUAAUGAGUCCUCUCUGAAUGUAUAAAACAAUCGCCCAUAAAAGUGAUUCUAGGAUACAGGGUAUGCUUUGCAAUUAUUUAAAUGUAUCUAAAUGUUUUUCAUGUAGGCAGGUUUUGCCGAACUCUCUGACUUAGACUACGAUGCAAUACCGCCACCCGGCGCGGCGCGCGCCGCUACACUCUCGGGUCCACUAGUCUGUCACGACUUUUUAUACUGUCUCGUACUAUCGUAGUGUAACCGAUCCACCUCAUCUCACCUCAUGACUGUCCUCUCGCGAACCAACAGACUCAACGCUUCGCUUCCUUGUUUCCGAUACGAGUAGCACUGGCCGCGCGUCCUUCAUUCCAAAUUAACGCCACUUUGGUUACUAGUAUCCUCACUCACUUGUCAUCUCGCCAUACUUGCCGCGGGAGUCUGUCCGCCCCGUGGCGGUGCGAGGCGUGAAGCCGAGACAGACAAAUCGGUGCCACGGUCUCCGCUACGCCGCCCACGACACGACUCCCGCAAACAGAUCGGACAAAAAUCUUAGUAAUACGAAAUCGAAUUUCUUAAAAAAAAACUAUUUAACUCCUAAAAUUUUAUAAAAUAUUUAUAUCGUUCGCAUACUUGAAUUCGUAGCUCUCGCGUAGACGUGAACAUUUCGAAGCACUCAAGGACGUUUGAAUCGUUUGUAAAUGGUAUGCGAAUCGAAAUCGGAUCGUUAUUUAGGCGAUAUAGGUAGAUCGUCGGAUGGUGCGGGGAGCGCGGUGAGGCGCGGGGCGUGACGUCACCGCUCGAGCGGGCGCUGCGCACGCGCCACCACCCACCACGUUACAUCACGUUUGCUAAACACCGUUCGAUGCUAGUUAAUAAGAUGAAUGCCAAUAUUUUAAUCAGAAGAAACAAACUUUAGAAUUCGGGAUAAUUAAUCAAUAUUAUUAUAUAUCUAUUUAUAUAAUAAAAUAUGGAGAGAGGCGCAUAGUGCUUUUAUGAUUGUAGGUCCUAGUAUUUGAAACAAAACGAUCUAGUCAUAUCUCUUUCUGUUAUUUAUUUUUUCUAUCGCUUAGCAUAGUUUAGCUUCAAGCACAAAUCGAUUUAAUUCUUACUGUACUUAAUUUUUACUUAUUUUGUUAUAUUAACUUAGAACUUUUUAACUGUUUUUCCGACUAAUAGAGCCUAACUGUCGCAAACACUAUCCUACUAAUUGUCUAUAAUACCCUUAACUAGAAUGAAUUGUUGAACAACUGAUUAUUACGAGGAAUCAAUUUUAUUAUAUUACAAUAUUAUAUUUUUAAUAAGUUAUCCAGAAUACUGUUUUGCAGUUACAAAUGUUUAUUUGAGCCAUAACUACCUAUAGAUUUAUAAUAAGGUUAAUUGGUAUAAUUUAACUGGUAUAGAUUGGUAGAACAUCAUUAAAAUAUGAAUGGUAUAACCGAUGGUUAAGUUAGAAGUUAAAGGUUACCUUAGUAAGAGCGAGUUAUGAGAAGUAUGUAUUAGGUAGAAACAAUGUAACUGUCUUAAUUCUGCUUUUGUUUGUUAAUGGGCCUCGUUCACUGUAUCGCACGCUGAUCGUCCUAUGAUGAAUAAAUCUUGCCUAGUUAAGACAGACUAUUCAUACAAAUAUUGUUAUAGAUGUUACAGAUAAUCUAUUUAGCAUAAUGGAGUGGAUAUUGUGAACACUAGAGGAUUGUGGUACCGUGAACGACGUCUAUAUAAGCUGCCGGCACAGACUGUCGUGCCGUUACUAAAGGAAAUUAGACAAAAUCGCGCCGUCCGUAAUAAAACAAAUUUCACCUGUAUAUUACUGUAUCCGUUGUACAGCCGUUCUGUUGUCGAUCGCUUUGGAAAUAGUGAAUAAAUACAGUGACUUUAUGUAUAUGGACGUCAAGUAAGCACGCAUGUAGGUCCACAAUAACUUGAAAUAUAAAAAUUGUACAUACAUAUUGACGUCAUAUCUAAUUUAGGAGCUUACUAGCCUUUUGUCCCGAAUUUGCUCGGGCGGGUGACAGGGUGUCGCUGUUAAAACUAAGAUGAAAUCAUAAUCAUUAACCGACUUAGAUGGAUAACAUGCUGAAUUCUUAACUGAUAAAGUAUAGGGUACUUUUUAUGGCGACUAAGCUCUGGGAUGGUGUGAGGAAGAACAAAGAUUUGUUGGGUGAUCUGUUCAAAAUGUAAAUAAUACUAGACUACACCAUGCCGUGAGUAGAUGUGUACACUUCGCCGUUGCUUUGACCUUAAAUACUUUGUCUCUUUUUAACACUACUAGGAAACAAGUGACAAUAGACCACGCUCAUUCUAAAAAAAUCGUGGACCAGGAUUCUGUCUUUACAUUCGUCAUGGAAAUUUCUCGUUAGUUUAAGAUAGAAGUGUUCGCAUUUACCACUGUCAGUCGCCACCAGAAACCAGCAUAGCGUGAACGUAAUCUACAGCUAUCUCGCAUUGUUCUGGAUAACUUAUAUCGGAAUAGUUUAAGAGACAUCCAGCCCAGAUCAGCUGAUUAUUCGGAACGAUUUACACAAGAAAACUAGUAGAAUUUAUUACAAAUUAAAAUCGUAUUUAAUGUAACUUUCAGAGGUUUUAAACGCACAAUUAUAUUAUCACAGCCUCAUACUGGGUCUUGCUGCCACUUUUAGUGUUUGUAAAGUCAAAUGUGAUGAACUAUAGAUUGAUUCCAGCCUAAGUUCCUAAGCUCAUCAUGUUAAUAGCAGCCAUUAGUUUACUUUUAAAUACAAUAAGUUCAACAUAGGCUCGCUCCUCUGACUCUUAGCCAAAUGUACAUACUUAAACAUCCAAUAUAAUCAAUGAAAUGUAACCGCCCAGGGGUUAAAAAGGCCACAUCGAAGCAAUUGAUCUAACAAAGGAAUAUUGCAAUUUGACAUUUGCGCAUAAAAAAUUAAGUGCGCAUUGCAAACAAAUGUCAAAUAGCAAUAUUGCUAUCUUAGAGGAAUUGUUUCGAUGUGGCCUUUUUAACCCCCCUGAACGCAUCGGAAAAGAAUCCAGGAAUCAUAUUUCACCAAAUUGCUCUAAUACAGCCUGGACAUCAAUAGUAAAUCGUAUCCGAAUAACAGUAAGGGCGUAACAGACUAGCUGUUUACAUCUAGUUUAGCGAGAAGACGUCGCUGGCGUCUGUAUUAUACGCUUGUAUCAAUCGUCCAUUGACAUAUGUACCUUAUUAUAUUGUGGCAUUUGUUUUCUCAAAAAAACCUAUCUAUAGCCAACGCACGCUGGUAGGUCGAGGAGCCUUCAAAUGAUAUCUCAAGUGUUCCUUACCACGUGCUAACACGUGUUAGUAGACAAAAAGAAGGCUUCGCAAACCUGCCCAGCCAUCCCUAAAGCCCAGACGGUCUUACCCCAAAAGUAAACAAGCAUUCAUGAGUGUUUAGGAAUUUAGUAGCCAAGGAAAAUUUUAUCAAAGUUUCAAAAUUAUGCUUAGCUGUCAAACUUCUUAAGGGCGUAUUGAACGCUUGUUUAUGUUGCGGUAAGACCUCUAAGGUCCUACGAAUGAUGAGGUGACAUAUAUCCCAAUGAAGCAUGGUAGAAAAAGCAAGACGGAUGUGAGGUUAGAAUCCCACCGUUCACGGCUAUGGUAGUUUUUUUCUACUAUAGUUCGCAAUUCUACGUGAGCUACGAACGAUUCUAACCUUGCCAUAAAAGAUAAAUUAAUACAAACUAGCUUUCCAAACGAGCAACCGAGCUUACUGGUCUUACAGAACCUUGUUUUACUCCACCAUGCAUCAAAGCACUGUUCUUAAAUUGAACAGUAUUGCUCUAAUAUCCUUGAAAAAUAAAGAGUUAAUGUACAAAUUCCCAAAGCAAAACUUGUCAAUUUAAAAGUGCUUUUGGAUGUAUGUCAGUCAUCAUCUUACACCUUAGUUGACUGCCCAGUCUCGGUUACCCUCGCCACGAUACUUUAAAAGAAAGUCUGGCAAAUAUUGAAACAGCCUCAAUGUGUUAAAGGUACCAAACCAUAGUUUCACUGUAUUGCGCCCAAGUUAGUAACGAGUACUUAUGAUAUGACUAAAUUCAAUUUUUGGAGCCGGCAAAAUGUCUGUCCUUAGAAAUCGAUACCCAAGUCCUUGGCAAAGAUAGUUAUUGAUAAAAAAUGACAAAUUAGAAAAUGUAUAGCUAAAUUAUCGAUUCGCACAUUAAUUAAUUAGUAAAUUUAAAUCAGUUCGGAUACACGAACGAAAUACAAAACAAGUUAAAAAUGAACUGCCUACUAAAGACUGGCCGUGUACCUAAAUUAUAAAGAGAAUCUGUGUAAACUUGUCAAGAUGUACAGAUGACUUGUAUGUCCAAAUCUAAUUAUAGACAUUCUGCAUAUGUGGCUCCGUAUUAUUUGGCAUUGUAUAAACUUAUACCUACAUGUUCUGAAGUUAGGUGGACAGAGUUUAAAGUUUCAGUGCAUUUGCUAGCUAGCUAUUGAAAUGUUUAUUCUCGUAUAUUGUUAUAGUUCGCCAAAGAUUGUAAAAUAAGAGUUAUUCAUCACUUUUUUGAAGUUCGCUAGGUAAAUGAAUAUCUAAUUUAUUUAGUUUUAGUAGAAUCAUACAGUACUUAGCCAAAGACGACUGCGUUCAUUGUAACACAGAAACUAAUACAAUAAUAAUCGCCUAUUUUGCAUGUUCUCAUUUAGUUAUUGACGUUUGAACCUAUUAUCGAGUUAAUAUGUAUAUUGCUGAAAUAUUUCAAAACUAAAUUACUAUUCAAUUAUUUAUUAUUAUACACUUAUUACGUUUAGUAUGCUAGAAAUAUGAUGAAGGAUAAUAAAUAAUUUUAAUUAUA